AUUAGGGUGUCCUGGUCUGAGGGCGUAGGCUAUUGAAGAAACAAACCUGUCUCACAAUCCAGUAUUUGUUUACGAGCUCGUCGACAUUCAAACAUUCUCAACAAACGUUUCUGUAACACGGCACUGACUGGACCGAGGAGCGGGGAAUGAUCUUGAACUUUGUCAGGGGGAUGUGACCAGGAAAUGCGAACAGAUUUUUGACUGCAAGCAAUAAAUCGCCUGUUUUACUGUCGACAGGGCUGUGCUAUCUCGUGUCACCGGUCCAAGGGUUUUCACAAGCUCACAGAAUGGACGACACGCUUCGUCUCGGGUUCACGCUAAAUUUAUUGUAAUGAAAUAUACCCUAUGAUCACGGAAAUGCGACAUACUGCUUCGUUUUAACCUGAUAAAACACAAGAGACUGGUGAACAACUUCAGGAUGGAGGAUUUCAGACAGAGGUUCAUGCUGUGCUGUCAAAGUACUUUCCCGUGUUUCAGAGACCCGGCGAACAACACCUCAUCUGGCACCGAGAAACGGGAUAUUAAAGUGAUUGUAAACGAAGAUGCCGCGAAAAGGGCGAACAUGGCAUUACCUCCGACACCUGGGGAGAAACCCGGCUAUGUUUACGUUGCGCUGUACGACUACACGGCUCGCACGGAGGAUGAUUUAAGCUUUAACGCUGGGGAUAAACUGGAACCACUCCGCAAAGAGGAAGACUGGUGGUACUCGAGAGGGAUCACCGGGAUUUCGGCGAACAAAGAGGGCUACAUUCCUGCGAAUUAUGUUGCAGCCAUAGAAAGCCUCGAUGCUGAACCAUGGUAUUUUCCAGAAACAAAGCGCUUGGAGGCUGAGAAGAUGUUGUCAUCUCAAGAGAACAAGAAUGGAGCUUUUCUAAUCAGAAACUGUGAAAGCCAGCAAGGGGAGCUUUCACUCUCAGUGCUGGACAACGGAAAAGUGAAGCAUUAUAAGAUCAGAAAGAUGGAGAAUGGCGGCUACUUCGUGUCAAAGACUCAAACUUUUUUCACACUGAGAGAUCUAGUGGAGCACUACUCCAGAAAUGAGGAUGGCCUCUGUGUUUGUUUGGCAGAACCCUGCAAAAAAUUAAUGGCUCCAGAGACACAUGGCCUUUCUUACAACACUGUGGAUCAAUGGGAGAUCCCGCGCUCCUCUUUAAAACUCUCAAAGAAGUUGGGAGCAGGGCAGUUUGGCGAGGUCUUUGAAGGCAUUUGGAAUGACAGCACAGCCGUAGCUGUCAAAACACUCAAGCCAGGAACUAUGGAUCCAAAAGACUUCCUCCGAGAAGCUCAGAUCAUGAAGAAACUCCGUCAUGUCAAAUUGAUCCAGCUCUAUGCUGUCUGCACUAAAGAAGAGCCCAUCUACAUCGUCACAGAGUUAAUGAGCCACGGGAGCCUUCUAGAAUACCUGCAAAAAGACAGAGGUGCUUCUCUCCAAAUGUCUGAUCAGAUAGAAAUGGGAGCACAAGUGGCAUCAGGCAUGGCAUACCUUGAGUUGCAGAACUACAUUCACAGAGAUCUUGCAGCAAGAAACGUUCUGGUGGGAGAUAACAAUGUGUGCAAAGUGGCCGACUUUGGCUUGGCACGAGUAUUCCAGAUGGAAAAUGAGAAUGUUUAUGAGGCCAAGGAAGGAUCCAAGUUUCCAGUGAAAUGGACUGCUCUUGAGGCCAUCCACGAGAACAAAUUCACCAUCAAAUCUGACGUCUGGUCUUUUGGGAUCCUACUGUAUGAAAUUGUGACGUUUGGACAGAUGCCUUACCCAACCAUGACAAACUAUCAGGUGGUACAACAGUUGCCCAAAGGCUACAGGAUGCCAUGCCCUCCUAACUGCCCAACAUAUUUGUAUGACAUCAUGUCUGAAUGCUGGAAGGACUCCCCUGCAGACAGACCCACCUUUGAAACUCUGCAGUGGAAACUCGAGGAAUACUUUGAAAUGGAUGUCAGCUCUUACGAUGAUGCAAACCGCUACUAAAAGACACAACUGCUUAUAAAUGUAAUGUAACUGCAAAUGAGCCAAGAGCAGAGUUUCAAUGAGCAGGUCUGAGAUGCUGUUUUUAGUAUCAAAUGAACCAAAAGUCUUUAUGUGCUCUCAGUGCAUACAGUGUGUACUCAUCAAGAGUUUUCAUAUCUACAAACUGCAUAAGGCAAAGCUCAAGUAUGUAAUUAUUUGGAUGUAAUCCCAUUCUUAAUCCCAUUCUGGAUUAAUUUGCAGAAACAACUGUAGGUAACCUGUUCAUUGGUUGUUUGCCCUGGAAAGUGCUUUCGAAAAAAAUUGCUCUGCUGGUUUUAAAGGGGUCAUAUGAAAUUGAACACAUCUGAAUAUUUGGGUUGACCUGUUCUGGAACAGUGUUGUAAAUACAGCUGACGUCUAGUUGUCUCCUCUUCAAACAAAGUAGUUUUGCUUUCACAAUGAAACACAGCAUCUCGAUGACAUGGCGGCAGCAACUUUCUUUUUGAACAUUUGGGCGGUGUUAUGCAAAUCUUCCCACACUGUGAUGGAGACGUGUGGGUGUGUUUAAAUGAGUCGUUUUAGGAGGGUGUGGUUGACACUUCACUUUUAUAAAGAAUAUCUUUUUGGGUUUGAGACUUUAGUCUUUGCCACUUUAGGGGACCUAAUCCAGGUAAACUUGAAAUUGCAUCAUAUGACCCCUUUAAUAUUGUGCUCAAAGAUAUUGGAUAUUGUAUCAAUAGCAGGAUUAUGUGGCGGCACUAGAUUCUGCCGACCAGUGACAAACUGGAGAAUGGUUGCAAUGGAAACCAGUCAAUUUAUGCAGUUCUAUCUACUCCAUUGACACAUAUUUUGCUUAAUUCACAGCAUAAUUCAGCUUUGAAUCAAAUAUAUUCUGAGCUUUCUGAUUAUUUCCUUUUAACAUUCUUCCAUUUAGUCAGUGGAGAUAUAGUUCUGUCUGUAUUUGCUGCUGUGUGAAUGCUGUAUGCCAUCAUGGUGGUUUAGUGUCACUUGACUUGCACUCAUGCUGGUGCCAUGAAACUGAAACUACUGAGGAAUAAAUAUAAAGAGCCUGGGCGAUACAGUGUAUCCAGAUUAACCAGUUUUACGUCAAGUAGUAAAUGAGUCGCUGUCAGACUAACAGCAUUACUUGUUUAAAGAGAGGAAUGCUCAGAAUCCACUACGUACAUUUGCUCAAAGUAUUAAGCAAUAUGGAAAAGUGCACAUUGAGACUAGAUUUUCAGUCAAGCCUCAGUGAAAACUGUAAUUUUUUAUAAUUAGAUGUAUUGUACAGUCACAGUGAUUUUAAAAUACAUUUUGGGUUUAAAUACAGCUUUGAUGUUAAUUUA